AUGCUGUCGGCACUCCAGGUGAUCAGGACGGUGAUACUCAUUGUAACAUGGCCAUGUGGGACCAUCCUGAACUCAUCCAUUAUAGCUGUCUAUCUCAGCGACUGGAAGAAGGGAGUGAAACUUGGGGAGUGCGAUCAGAUCAGUCUCAGUAUGGGGUGCACCAACCUGCUCUUGCAGUGCUUCAUAACACUUGGAGUGGCCUUCAUCUCAUAUGGAAUGUACCUGCCAUUUGCCGUACAAGUCUCUCUUGCUGUCGGUGCUGUGCUUUAGUUUUCCAUUUUUCUCUCAUUUUGGCUCACAGCCGGUCUCUCCGUCUGCUACUGCCUGAGACUGGCCAAUCCGUUACCAAAAUGCUUUCUUCAGUUAAAAAGGAGACUCUCUCGCAUUGUUACCCCACUUCUUCUGUGGUCAGUGGCAAUUUCAUUUACUGUUACUUUUUCAAAUAUCAUAUUGUACACAGGAACUAACCAGAACCUAACAAUCCUUUAUCAUAAUAAUAAGUCUAAUGUAAAUGAUGAUUACAGCAUCCCUGCUAUUACAUUUGGUAUCAGCCUGCCCUCCAUUAUUACCUCUAUUUGUAUUCUACUUUCCCUGAUAUCGCUUCUGAGGCACAUCCGGAGAAUGAAGCAGAACCCUCAGGUCAGGAGUCCUCAGCUGAAGAACCUUAUAAGAGCUUGCAGGACAAUGUUUCUACUCAUGACUCUGAAUUUUCUUUUUUUCCUGAUCAUUUUUAGUUUAAUGGUACCGCUAUAUGAUGUAGGAACUGUAUGGAAUAUGGUGAGAUCUUCGGGCAUUGUGUUAAUCCCAUCAGGUCAAGCCGUUGUUCUGAUCUUUGGAAAUUCCAAGUUACUCGGUGCCUGGACAAAGACCUUGUUUCCUCAGUGA